AUUAGGGUUUAACUAAAAAAAUUUAAAUAACUAUAGUUUAUAACUAUACUAUAGUAGUUUUUUUUAACCAAUCAAAAAAUUAGUAAGAGUAAAUAUUUUAUAAAUAAAUAUACUAGAAAUAUCAAAAUGAGUGAUAAAAGAACAUUACAAGAUUGUUAUAAAUCUAAGGUUUUAAAAUUACAAAGUAAAGAAGAAUCUAAUUCAAAAAAAAAUCUUCCACGGCUAAGAGUACUAUCUCUUUUUGAUGGCAUUGGCACUGGAUAUUAUGCUUUAAAACAACUAGAUUUUGAUGUAGAAGUAUUUUAUGCCAGUGAAAUUGAUUCUAAUGCAUUAUUAUUGACUUGGUCACAUUUUGGCAGUGAAAUAAAUCAACUAGGAUCAGUUGUAGAUAUUGAUGAAAUGACUUUGGAUAAAAUAGGACCAAUAAAUUUACUAAUGGGAGGAUCUCCGUGCUCGGAUCUGUCAUGUGUAAAUCACCGUAAAAAAGGUUUAUAUGAUGCAACAGGUACAGGAGUGCUAUUUUUUGAAUAUUAUCGAAUAUGGAAUUUGUUGAAAAAAAAACAAAUCAAAGAGAAUUCUACAUUUUAUUGGAUGUAUGAAAAUGUUGCCAAUAUGGAAUUAAAGCACAAAAACAUCAUCUCACAAUUUUUAGAAUGUGAUCCAUAUGUCUUAGACUCAUUUAGUUUAACACCACAACGCAGACGACGAUUUUUUUGGUCUAAUAUACCAAAUAUUGAAAGUCUUCAGUGUACUCAUUCAACAGAUGACAAUUAUGGACCAGUUUUAGAUGAAUAUUUAGAUAAAAAUUUGGGACGAAAAGCAAAUGUAAAUAAAAUAGGUACAAUUACAACCAAGAGGAAUUGUUUACAAGAUGGUAAUUCAAGAGACCCAGUCAACCAAAAUGGUCAAAACAUGGGAUUAUAUAUUACUGAACUAGAAAAAAUAUUUGGAUUUACAGCACACUACACUGAUGUUGGAGACUUAUCUAUAAAUGAUCGUCAAAAACUAUUGGGUAAAGCUUGGAGUGUGCCAGUUGUAAAAAGUAUUUUUAAACUUCUACAAAGUAUAUUUGCCAUAAAAAAAAAUUAACUAAUAUUUUCAUUUUAUAAUCAAGUAAGUCUUCAAGAAUUACUACAAGUAAUCCAAAAUAAAUAAUCAAACUUUAUUUAUAAGAAAAAUUUUAUUGAGAAGUUAACUAUUUUUUUUAUUAAGAAUUUAUUAGUAGGACUGAAAUUAUUGCUGUAAAAGAUAAUUUUAUCAGAAUAUAAAUUAAAAUCAAACAAUUAUUAAAAUAAUUUUUACUCAAAAUAUAAUUUUUAUAUAUUAAAAAAAAAUAUAUGUAGGUAUUUACAGGGUGAUUGGUUUAUUGUGAACCACUUGAAUACUCGCAUAAUAAAUACAAUAUUGGAAAAAAAAUUUUAAUUUCUAUUUUACAUAUAUCUUUUGAUUUUUCAGCGAAUAAUAACUUUUUAGAAUCAUUACUUACAGCUUAAAGAGGUGUCAUAUUUAUUUUUUAAAUUGGUUACAUAUAUAUAUUUAGAUAUACAAAAUGUAUAUAUAUUAUACAGAUAUAUAAAAUAACUGGUCGAUAACAACUUUUGGAACAGUACUUCAGUAUAUAUGAUCAUUUUUAUAUCUAGGGGAGAUGAAGAGUAUGACUGGGAAAUGAUUAAUGAUAAAAAUAGAAGCACUCACUUCUCACCUCCAAUCAUUACUUUAAAUUGUUAGUAACUUCUGAAAUACUUGACCAAAAGUUGUUAUCGACCAGAUAUUUUUUAAUUAAAUCAUUUUCUA